AACACGAUCCACUUUGCCAGGAGCCCAUCACGUCACCAUCCAUCAUUUCAUCCCAGGCCACAUCUCUCACCACCAGCUAUUUAUUCUUCUUUCCCGUUUGAGUCGAAAGCACCGGCAUCUCAUAUACCUCCUUCUCGCGGUCGAGUCAUCCAAAUACCUCUGCUACAGCCACAAACAAACACCCUAACAUGUCUGCAAAGAAGGUCCUCGUCACCGGAGCUUCCGGCUUCAUUGGUGGUGAUGCUCUUUACGCCCUCGAGAAAGCCCAUCCCACAUGGAAAUUCUCUGUCCUCGUCCGGAGCAAGGAAACCGGCGCAAAGAUCAAAAAGGUGCAUCCCAACGUCGAGCUGGUCAUCGGGUCGCUCGAUGAUUUCGAGACCGUUUCCAACGCUGCUGCUGCUGCCGACAUUGUCCUCCACACUGCCGACUCGUCAGACCACCAAGGCGCCGCUCGUGCUAUUGCCGCCGGGCUGCGCAAGUCUCACUCGGCCCAGAACCCUGGGUACUACAUUCACGUGAGCGGCACCGGUAUUCUGUGCUGGUAUGAUGCCGACAAUAAACGCUAUGGAGAGCCUCCCUUGCCGGAGCAGAUCUACAAUGACGUCGAGGGUGUCGACGACCUGCUCAACUUGCCUGAUUCCGCCUUCCAUCGCGAUGUCGACAAGAUCGUGCUCGAGGAGGCUGCCAAAGACCCGGCCGCUGUCAGGAUCACCAUCGUCUGCCCACCAACCAUCUAUGGCGUUGGCCGGGGUCCUGUCAACCCCAAGAGUCGCCAGAUUCCUCUGCUGAUCGAAUCCACUUUUGACGAGGGCCUCGCGCCCAUCAGCGGCAGGGGUCUGGCCGAGUGGCACUAUGUUCACGUCUACGACCUAUCGGCCUUGUUCGUCAUUCUUGCUGACCAUGCCAGUGCCGGCAAACCGAUUGGCGACAGCGGCAAGGAGAUCUGGGGUCCGCGGGCCUAUUUCCUCGCCGAGGAUGGCAUCUUCCAGUGGGGCGCAAUUUCAAAAUUGGUUGCCUACGAGGCGUACAAGCAGGGCGCAAUCGAGCGCGAGGAUACCAAGCAGUUUUCUUACUACGAUGCUACCGCCAAGGGCAAGUUCGACUGGGUGUCGUGGGGCCAGAACAGUCGCGGUGUUUCCGAAAGAGCAAGGAAGUAUCUAGGCUGGCAGCCAAAGCAGCCGUCUUUGGUGGAUUCGAUUCCCGAGCUCGUCCGGCUAGAGAUCGCGGCGCGUAAGCAGCGAGAGUCAAAGUGAAAGGAGCGGGAAACUUGACCCCUGCACAUCACGCCAGUUACUUCUCCCUAGACUGCCUAGAGCGCCAAAACAAAAAAUUGGAUAAUAUUUUUUUCU